AUGACCACCUCAAAGGACAACCCUCUGACCAAUCGGGUCGUCAGCUCGGACUCGGGGGAAGAGACCAACAAGGAAGUGCUACCGUGGCAGCGUAAGGAGGAGGAGGAGGAGGAACAGCAGCUUGAGGAGGAGGAGCAGCGUGAGGAGGAGCUUGAGGAGGAGGAUCAGCGUGAGGAUCAGCUUGAGGAGGAGGAGCUGCGUGAGGAGGAGGAGACGCAGGCGGUGGCCUCGUCUCCGGACGGACGCUUCCUCAAGUUCAACAUUGAGAUCGGACGAGGAUCCUUCAAGACGGUUUAUAGAGGUCUCGACACCGAGACCACCGUGGAGGUGGCCUGGUGUGAGCUACAGACUCACCGGCUGACCAAGUCGGAGCGUCACCGGUUCACGGAGGAGGUGCAGAUGCUGAAAGCUCUGCAGCACCCCAACAUCGUCCGCUUCUUUGACUCCUGGAAGUCCACGCUGAGGGGCCACAAAGGCACCAUCCUGGUGACGGAGCUCAUGACCUCCGGGACCUUGAAGAUGUACCUGCGCAGGUUCCGUCAGAUGAAGCUGAAACUGCUGCAGCGUUGGAGCUUCCAGAUCCUGAAGGGGCUCCAGUUCCUGCACUCACGCUGCCCCCCCAUUCUGCACCGAGAUCUCAAAUGUGACAACGUCUUCAUCACCGGACCCACCGCCUCGGUCAAGAUCGGAGACCUGGGCCUCGCCACGCUGAAGAAGGCCUCGUUUGCCAAGAGUGUGAUUGGGACCCCGGAGUUCAUGGCUCCAGAGAUGUACGACGAGAAGUAUGACGAGGCCGUGGAUGUUUACGCCUUCGGCAUGUGCAUCCUGGAGAUGGCGACGUCCGAGUAUCCUUACUCAGAAUGUCAGAACGCCGCCCAGAUCUACCGCAAAGUGACCAAUGGAAUCAAACCAGACAGUUUUCUUAAAGUCACAGUCCCUGAGCUGAAGGAGAUCAUUGAAGGCUGCAUUCGCACCAGUAGCAGUGAGAGGUUCACGGUCCACAACCUUCUGGAUCACCGGUUCUUCCAGGAGCAGCUGGGGGUCCACGUGGAUCUGGCGGAGGAAGAUGACGGCUCGAAGGCGGCUCUGAAACUCUGGCUCCGGAUGGACCCCAACAAGAAGCUUCAUGGGAAGUACAAGGACAACAAGGCCAUUGAGUUCCUGUUCGAGCUGUACAAAGACGUCCCCGAGGAGGUCGCCCAGGAGAUGGUGGUGCUGGGGUUCUUGUGCGAAGCGGACUACAAGCCGGUAGCCAAGGCCAUCAGACACCGAGUGACAGCUGUCAAGCAUCAGCGGGAGGAACAGCGAUGCCUCCUGGAGGAGUCUGACCCCGCCACCCAAACACCAGAACAACCCAAUCACAGACCAGCAGCUGCUGCAAGCUCGGCCAAUCAGCAGGACUCAGCUGCUGUUUCAGGCCCCACCCUACCCUGGAUACAAGCCCCACCCUCGGCAAGCAGAGAGGAUUCUGGGAUCGACAGCGUCUCUAGCAGGACGGAAGGAGACGGAGACGAGGACAUGACGGCAGCUAAAUCGAACUGUGAGAUUGACAGCUCCUUCAGCUAUGCAGGUGUGCCAGAGAAAAUAGAAGCCACGCCCCCUCCAGUCACUCACCACGCCCCCCUCUACCCAGGCCCCGCCCCUGCUCCGGUGGCUCAGGAAACCCCUGGACCCCUGGUUCCUCCACCUGUAAUCCAGACUCCAUCCAAGGCUCCGCCCCUUCCCGUGCUGCGUUUCCCCAAGAGCAUCGCUGUGUCCCACAAUGCCGAGCGACAGCCAUCUGGAUCAGUCUGCGGCUUCUCCUCGCCUAUUGAGAGCUACGCCUCCGAUGUGACGUCAGGUUUGAGUGAUGGCAAUGACGGCCAAUCAGACAAAGGUAACCAGGAAGUGAGCCAGCGGGCGCCUACCAAGCAGUUCAGGCGGCGAUUGAGGGCUCGUCUGAGGAUCACAGGGGUGUCAGACAUGGAAGACCGCGUGGUGGAGUGUCAGCUGCAAACUCACAACAGUAAGAUGGUGAUCUUUAAGUUUGACCUGGACGGAGACAAUCCAGAGGACAUCGCCUCAGUGAUGAUCCACAGAGACUUCAUCGUACCGUUGGAGCGGGGAGGAUUCAUCCUUCGCAUGUAUGACAUCAUCAAGAGGGCGGAGUCUUUAAUGCAUCCACAGCAGCCAGCCGACAGGUCGCCUCACCUGUCCACCUCCACGCUGACCGACUCCUCACCCACCCUGCAGACACAGGGUCUCUCCAUGUCCUCAUCUUUACUUCCUGACAUUGCAGAUGCAGACCCCUCCCCCUUGAAGGGCGGAGACUUCUACAUUGAACGUGAGACCACUCCCCCUGUCAGACCACUGAGGUCACAGUCUUUCCACACCUCCUCCGCUUCCUCCCAUCAGCCUCUUCCCUCCUCCUUCGAUUACCCCGGCCCAGACUCUCCCCACCCUCCUCCCCCCAACCUCCCCAUGCCUCCUCAGUAUAACCUUCUUUCUCCCCAUUACUCCCCCUACACCGCCGAGAGCUCCACCCCCGGCCUCCACAGUAACCCCUCCCUCCUCACCUUCUCCUCUUCCUCAGCUCCCACCCUCCCUCCUCACUGGCACCCCCCUGACCAGCCUCUCUUUUCUCUGGCCAACGUGCUCUCUCUCGCCAUGAAUAUGGCCCAGUCCUUAAUGCCCCAACCCGGGACCCCUUCCCUCCAGUCUCCCCCCCUGGGUCCUCAUCCUCCCAGCCAUGGCUCCUUCUCUGCUCCUUUCUCCUCCCAGCUAUCCUACAGGCCCCCCUCCCCUCAGACAGGCUCCGCCCCAAACAGCAGGCAGGGGUCGCCGCCUGGCCGAACCCACAACACACCUGAGGCACAGCCUAUCAGUCCUGAUCAGCUGCAGGUUGGCUCAGCUUCGCCCCCUCAAGAGACUGUCUUAGCUCCCGGACUUGUCCAGGAGUCCUCCCCCGUCUCACUGUCCCCCACACAGGAAGUGAAGAAUCCUUCGGUCUUAAGCGUUGGUCGUUUCCAGGUGACGCCCUCUAACGUCAUUGUUGCUGUCCGUCACCAGGAGCCCCGCCCCCUCGGUCAGACCACACCUACCACCCAUUCCCCGCCUCCCUCCGGGGCCAACCAUUCAAAAAACUCAGAGGGCAGCACGACGGAGCGUAGCGAAUCAGAGAGCAGCGUGGGCUCGGUGGUCAAGGUCUCCCCGCCUCUUCAUAUUCAGGAGGAAGAGGAGGAGAGGAGGGGGGUGGGGGGGUGCCGGAGGCCAAGUGUCAGCCUGUGGGAGGGGUCGGCCGGCAACUUCGGCCAAUCAUGGAGCCGCUCAGCGCUUAACGUCAGCUCUGACGAAUCAGAGAGCGAGAAGGAGGAGAUGUGGGUGGAGCUACAUGAGCUCCGUGAAAGACACUAUGUGGAAGUGCAGACCCUGCAGGCCAAUCAGAAGCGAGAAAUUGAGGAGCUGUACCUGAGGAUGGGUAAAGUCCCUCCCCCUGGCAUCGUCUCCCCGGCGGCCAUGUUGAACCACCGCCAACGUCGCCUCUCCAAGACCGGGAACCACCCCCCCUCUCGCAGGAACAGCCUGCAGAGACUGGACGGGCUGCCCCCUGCAGGUAUCAUAAGGAAGAACAGCACUGGAUCUCAGGACAGAGCAGGCAGAGGCGUGACCUUUGCCCCCGAGCACCGCAGCAUGAUGACCUCAUACAGAGAGAGGGGAGCUGCAGACUAAGUGGAGAGAUGAAGACGACGGCUGACGACGAAGGGGAAAACUAAUUAUUUAGAUUCCAGAUUUUUAGAUUUGCUCAAACAUUUUAAAGAGGUAUCAGAACUUAUUAAAUAUUGAGCAACACAUCACAAAGAAUCAAUUGAUCUUGGAUUUGAUGGCGUCUCCCAUCAUUUAGUCAUAUAACAUAUUUCACAUGUUUUAUGGAUGAGUCUUCUGAGACUUUCGCCUCAUAUCUAUAAUGUCUUUAUGAUCAGUAUAUAAACAUCUAAUAAUGGUAAUAACACGUUUAAAUAUGUUCCAUAUGGUCUGUUUGUAACGCUUUAUUACUGUUGAUAAGCCGUGUGCCUUGAAGAAGGAAGAUUGUAACAUUUGUGGAUUAAAGAAUGAAGCUUCA